ACCAUAUCGCCACGCCAGGGUGAUCGCGACUAUUUGCUUUUAUCUUCGCUAGCCUCAACACUUGAUGCGUUCCAGCAAUCGCAUGCAGGGCUGGAAGCAGAAAGCUCUGGACCAACAAAAACCAACUCCAGUGUGGAGAAGAGCUUACCUAGUGUGAGCAACAGAGAACGACCGGCAACAGGCAGUGGAGGCACCAUUGAAGAUGACAGCAGAAAGCAAGAACAUCACGCCUUGGAAGGCAAAGUUUCAGACGUUAUCACAAAUGCAGCACUGUCAGUGCCCACAAGCAAGAUGCUAGCAGAAGAUAUCUUGCAAUAUUCUAUGACCACAAGAGGCCAAGAGCAGCCAAGAGGAGUGCCUCCUUUCGGAGAAAAAAUAUUUGCCAUUGAUCCAAUGGAUUCGAAAGAACAACAACGCCAAAUGACCCGGAAUCACGCCCGCACCAACGCAGACGGUGUUUCACAAGGACAGUCUAGUCACGAGUCAAAAAUGAAACUAAAGAUAGACAAGGGGAAAGGUGUCAAUGCAGCUUGGAUUACUGAAGAGACCCUGGAUAGUCUUGACAGAGGACUCUCCACCAUCCCCCAAAGCUACGAAGCGAAAGGAAAGGGGAAAGAAGACGCUGAUGAUCGUGCUGUGGACGAUGAUUGGAUGGCUUGGGGAACAUCAUCCAAGAAAUCGAAGAAGGAAAAGAAAAAGACAAAGGAGAGCAUUGAGCAACGCGAGGAAGAGGCACCCGUGCAAGACUCUGUUGCUCUAGAUCCCGAUUGGGGGUCGGGGACGGAAAGGAAGAAGAAAGGGGGAAGGAUCGAGACAUCUAAGGAAGAAGUCCACAGCAACAAGCUUUCCCAGAAACUCGAGAAUCUGGGCGAGCACGAACAAUUACGCCCAGAAGUUUCUGGAACCGCAAACGCAAAACAGACUCAGGAGACGUCCGAAGACGAUCAGUUGGUUGUUUAUGACCCUGGUGGGCGAAGCGAGUAUUGGGUACCCUGAGCACACUGGAAACAAUCCCUGAAUCAGAGAUUAGCAGCCGGACGUCAAAUUGAUCCGUUACUUCGUUUCACCCCGCUCUUUUUGCUUAUUAUACGAGAUAUCCUACUUAUUUCACAUGACACUGGAUUUGUCUCAAAAUAAUCAUUCCAUUAUACCUACAAAGGAAAAGGUAUCUCCAACCGCCAA